ACUGAUCUGGCAACCCCCCAGCAGCGAGCACAGCGGGUUGCUGGGUUUCAGUACUAGUGAAGAUAGCUGCUAUGCUUGGGCGUAGACCUGCUGGCACCAGUGCAGGGACCUGCAUUCCUUGCACUGAACUCGAGGUUCAAGUUUUACGUCCAACAAAGUGCUGAGUGACGUUUCUCUUUUGGAAACAAUAGUUGAAGUCGCUCUGGCCUUUUCGUAGCAGCUGCGUGUCGCUCUGCUGCUUGCAUUCACCUUGUUCGAGAAAAGAAAACAUGGCGGGUGCAGCCGCAGCUUGUUGGAGCGCUUACAGCACCGCACAUUGCGUCCUUAGACAGACAGAAUGUGAUACUCACCGCGGAGUUGCUGAUGCCCGUUUGGCUGCACCUGCAAGAUGUUACUUGAGUGUUGGAUCAAAGAAGAACUUUCUGCGAGGACAGCGGUUGCAAAGUCAUGUGACGGGGGGUACCGACCGCGUCAGAAUGUCUGCGGAGCCGGAACUUCAAACAACUCCAACCCCUGAGGGGGCUGAGGAUCCCGAGCUUUCCGCUUAUGAGAAGGAGUUGAAAGUAGGCAAGUUCAAGAUCCAAGAUGUACAGGAGAAGUAUGCUGUCAAAGAGUCUGGCAAAUUCGAGUGCAACUCUUGUGGUUAUGAGUACAAGCCAGAGGAAGGAGAUUCGAGCUACCCGGUUUCCAGGGGCACAGAAUUUAAGGACCUCCCGGAGGACUGGCAGUGUCCCAUUUGUGGAGCUGCAAGAGAAGGCUUCGUGAAUAAGGGAGUUCAGCUUUCUGGGUUUGUCCAAAACCAAGGAUUUGGGUUGGGAGGCAACAGUUUGACUAGCAACCAGAAGUCCAUCCUGAUCUACGGUUCACUCGUUUUCUUCUUCUGCCUAUUCUUGUCCGGUUACUUUUUGCAAUAGGUCUGUUGGAGCAGCAUGUGCUGUUAUAGGCCGCUCGAGAGACAAGGAUCUUACUCGAAAUUGGACGAUUUUGAGCUUUGCAGGUCUUGAAGCUGUGAGUAAUCUGUUGUGGCUACUUGCAUGACGUCUUCUGGAUUUGCAAGGGGAAUUCGACUGGCAAUUGUCCCACUGAAGUGCAAGGUGCAUUUUGCAUUCAGUGUUUAUCUGCCAACGACCCUGAACCAUUUUGACCAAUAGCUUGUGUAGAAUUAGACCGUUCACCUUUGUGAGAUUGAGUUUCUCUUGGUCUCUGAGUUGACACCCGUUUCACUGAUGUUCUCUUUUCAAACGCCGUAGCCACAUGGGCC